GGCAGAGCCAGACCAAUACAAUUCAACUGACUGGACUUGCACUUCGCCAAACGAAAAAAAAAACUUGAAAAUUCUCGUCUUCCUCAGUUGCGUUCGUCGCAGUCUCCCCAAUUCCCUCGCUGCGGAUCUGUCUCUCUAUCUGGUGGUCACUGAACAGUGUUUCCCUCCAUAUCUCCAUUUUCAUCGCCGCUGCACUGCUGCCUGCUCUCUCUUUGGAGUGAAACCCUGCAAUGUCGACGAACGAGGAUCCCGAAUUUCAAGAUGCGUUAGAACUCCCCCCGGCCCCACCUCUGCCCACAGCCCCAGUCUCAGACUCUACCACAACAGGGCAACAAGAAUCUUCACCGGAGAAUGUGCCGGAAUCCGAGACUCAAGCGAAUCGAGAAUCCCAACCGGAUGCAGAAGUGCCAGAGGCCGUGGCCGAGCAUGAAUCAGAGCCAACACCAGCUCCUCCAGCAAUUAUCGAUUCGGAUGCCAAGGUCGAGGAUGAGCCAAAAGAAGCUGCGAUCCAUUCCAAUGGAGAGGUGGAAGCUCAAUCCAAUGACCAGGCGGGUCGCGCUCAGCUGCGAAAAGACGAAGGGAACCGGACAUUUACGAUGAGAGAACUGCUCACUGAGUUGAAAACCGAGGAAGGAGAAGAUGCUGGCUCCCCUUACAGUCAAGAAACCCCACAACAACAUGCAGCAGAGCAGACCAAUGCUGCCAUGGAGUUGAUAAAUAGUAUCACUGGUGUGGACGAGGAGGGUCGGUCUCGUCAAAGAAUUCUUACUUUUGCGGCAAAAAGGUAUGCCAGUGCAAUUGAGAGAAAUCCGGAUGACUAUGAUGCCCUCUACAAUUGGGCGUUGGUUCUUCAGGAAAGUGCUGACAAUGUUAACCCAGAAUCAACCUCACCUUCAAAAGAUGCUUUGCUUGAGGAAGCUUGCAAAAAGUAUGAUGAGGCUACACGUCUUUGCCCGUCACUUCAUGAUGCUUUUUACAAUUGGGCUAUAGCAAUUUCUGACCGAGCAAAAAUGCGUGGCCGUACAAAGGAGGCUGAAGAACUCUGGAAGCAGGCAACAAAAAACUAUGAAAAAGCUGUGCAACUUAAUUGGAACAGUCCACAGGCACUUAACAAUUGGGGACUUGCUCUACAGGAACUCAGUGCAAUUGUUCCAGCUCGAGAAAAGCAAACAAUUGUGAGAACAGCAAUCAGUAAGUUCCGAGCUGCAAUAAGGCUGCAAUUUGAUUUUCAUCGAGCAAUCUACAAUCUUGGGACUGUUCUGUACGGAUUGGCAGAGGACAUGUUGAGGGCUGGUGCAGCAACAAAUAAUGAGUUGUACAGCCAAUCUGCUAUAUACAUUGCGGCUGCUCAUGCGUUGAAGCCAAGUUACUCUCCCAUUUUGUCUAAUAAAAAACUUUGGUACUCUCUUCUUUUGUAUGAUGGUUAUCUUCUGUUGAUGCUUUGCAUACAGGUAUACAGCAGUGCUUUGCGGCUUGUUCGUUCCAUGUUACCACUACCAUAUCUUAAAGUUGGAUAUCUCACUGCACCGCCAGCCGGACAACCCAUUGCACCUCAUAGUGAUUGGAAAAGGUCACAAUUCGUUUUGAAUCACGAAGGACUCCAGCAGUAUAACAAACCGGAUCUAAAGCAAGCUCCACAAAACCUGUCUCGGAGAUCUGCAGAUGGUACUAAUGAUAAAAAGGCUAUCAAAGUUGAAGUUCCAGAUAUUAUUUCAGUGUCAGCUUGCGCUGAUUUGACUUUGCCACCUGGCCCCGCCCUUUGUGUUGAUACAAUUCAUGGACCCGUUUACCUGAUUGCCGACUCAUGGGAAUACUUGGAUGGCUGGCUGGAUGCAAUUCGUCUCGUCUACACGAUAUAUGCACGAGGUAAGAGCGACGUCCUAGCUUCCAUUGUAACCAGCUGAUUUAUGAAGGUCUCUUGCGCGCACCAAAACCAUAGAACGUUGUGAAAUUAUAACAUCGUGUAUCCCAAUUCGGACAUGUGGAAUAAGGAAAUUUGUAAAUUGUAGACUCGCUGAUUCAGCUUUUGAUUCGUUUUGUGAAAUUUUGCUGUAUCAUCGAUGAAGUAAGAGACAAAGUUGGCACGUCUUGUCAGUCUUCUGAGAGUUAUAAUAUGCGAAGUGUGGAUUCUUACUGUAGAUCACU